AUGGGAGUUUGUGCUUCUUAAAAUGUUUAAGAGAAAUUAGAUAAUAUAGAGGAUGAUUAUUUAAAACUUGAUUUUAAUAGAUUUUCAACUUAUUAAAAGCUAGAAAAUAUUGCAAACAAUAUAGCAAAAUGUAACAAAACACAAAAAGUAUUUAGAAUAACAAGUUGAUACAAUAUUUUCAUCUUUAAUUUAAAGAAUUAUAGCUUCUGGAUAAGGUCAUAUUUUAAAGAUAUUAGAGAAUAUAGAUAAUUAAAAAAAACUGGGGUUUAUGACAAAAUUAGAACGCUUAGAUUUUGAAUUCAUUGACUCUGUAUAGAAAAUUAAUUACAUUAUUUAGCUAUUUCAUCAUUGUUAUAAAUAAAAUUAAAUAGAUGCAUUUUAAUGCAAUGUUAUUUAGAGCACUAAUUGUUAAGAAUAAAAUCUUGAUUUGAUAAAAGUAUUAAAUUAUGAAUUAAUAUUAAGGAACAUAAAGUAGGAAUAGUAUUUUUAUGUGGAGGUCGUAGUUCUCGAUUGUCUGAUAAAUUAUUAAGUGAUAUAGGACUUCCAUCUAAGAAAUGUGUUAUUUAAAUAAUGAUGGAAAGAUUGAAGAAGAUUCUUAUGUUGUGUAAUAUAUCAUAAUUUAAAUGUUAAAGCUUCUGAAAACAAAGAGAUUAAUGAUUAUCCUAUUGCUAUUGUACUUUCAGAUUAAAAUUAAGAAAAAUUUUAAAUGUAUAUCAAAAGCUAAAGAGAUUUUGGAUUUCAAUCAAUCAAUUAUAUAUUAGAGAAAUCAAUACCUGUGAUUGAUUGUAAAGGAUAGGUAGUGUUUGAAUAAGAGACUUAAGCAAUUAUGACACCUGAGGGGACUGGUACAAUAUUUUUAUAAAUAAAUUCAUUCAUAAAGUAAAAGGGUUUUAGAUAAUUUCAGUAAAUUUCCAAAUAUGGAGUAUAUUCAUUUCUUGGGUUUAGAUAAUCUAGUUGGAUUGCCGUUAGAUCCAUAAAUGUUGAAUCUCAUUUCUAAAUAGAAGGCUGAUGUAUUAUGCAAAGUUAUUGAAACUAAUUCAAUAUUAGAUGACAGAAUAUUCUAUUUGAAUAGAUAAUUUAAGACUAUGGAUGAGUAGGACUCCAAUAUUACAGAAAAUUCAUACAAUUCGACUUAAAUGUUACUGAAUGAUUUAUAUCUAUCAGUUUCUUUUCUCAAUAAUUUAAAAUAUAAUCAUGAGAAAGCUUUGAAACUUAAUUAAAGAUAUCACUAUAUAAAGAGAGGAUCUAACAUUUAAUUUGAAAAACAUAUUCAGGAUAUAAUAGAAGUAACUGAUAUAACAAUUUUACAUUAAACAGAAGAUUAUGCUUUAUUAAUUGAUGAUCCAAGAAAAGCAGUAAUCUAAUUGUCCAAUGUACAUAAGAGAUAUUUGAAAUUAGAGGGAACUUAAGAAGAAGAUUUAGUUGAAAUCACUCCUUAAAUGAGCUAUUGUGGAGAAGAUCUAAGAAAAUUUGAAAAUGUCUCAUACCCUUUGAUUAUAUGAA